AUGGCACAUGAGGACGUGAGCCUCGAGCUCCACUCCUCUGAGUUUGAGGACUCGGAGGCAGAAGGGAACUCGAGCACCAAUCCCUACGCACGGUUUGAGAAUGCUGGUAGGAGAACUCGAGAAGAAAUCCUUCUACACCAGGCAACCGACCGCGUCGAUUCGAAGAAGGCAGUUCGAAAGCAGUCUUACCUCCAUGGCGCUCCCAGUUCAGCCUAUCAACAAUCCUACAUCAAGACCAAUGUCGAUGCGUUCAUGAACACCAUCAAUCAUGACCCCAAGACAUGCCUCUCCGGUGAAAAUAUUCAACGAUUCAUCGUCACCUUGGUCAAAAGGCUCAAGCCUUGUCACAAGACGAAGCCCGUGGUCAGCAUUGAAACAAUCAAGGACUACUGGUAUCAGCUUAUCUGCUACCUACGCUUUCAAUACAAAGACAUAAGCACUCACUAUGGAACUCACGAAGUAUCUAGAAUCAACGCAUAUCUCAGUCAGCAAGUCUCAGCAGGGAAUUUGACCAAAGGCCAAUGGGUUUCCAAGCAAUGGGCUGGUUUCAAUCUCGUGCAGAGAAUGACCCGAGACUACUUCCGAUCAGCUUUUCAAAACGGGGUUCACAACUGGGACGUUACAAUUCAACGUGUGCUUGGUAUCAUGCUACAAGUCGCCUGCAGUGCUCGUCCAGGUGAUGUGGCAAGAACAUAUCUUUAUCAAGGCGAUCAAUAUGUCAAAUGGAAAGACAUCGAGUUGAGGCUUGACAAGGAUGCGUCCAGCAUCCAACAACUCCGUGCCAAGGUCACAUUGAGAUUCACGAAAGGGUUGAAGGACACGACCAACGUAGAUGAGAUCAAGUGGUUCGACCCACUAGACGAUCCCUCUCAAAGCACAAGUUGCACUGUCAAGCUUCUGAUCAUCCAUGCUCUGCGUCAGGGUAAUACGUAUGGUCGUACCCUUGCGGAGGUCCUGAAACAUACAUCGGGCCAGAGGGGUCGACUGGUGCAAUGGCGAUUCCCGGACCGUCCCGUUCUUUGCAAGAUCAAGAGAGCCCACCUCCUUGACUAUGACCAUCCAGCCGGAACGUCGCAGGCUCGUGAUACCAUGGGUGUCAUGUCAUGCAUCACAGGUCUCCUGAAGCCCAUCACACCGCAGGCACUCCGUCGUGGAUCGGCACGCGAUAUUGCUCACUUGAACAAACCUCUUAAAGGUACGGCCAGUAAAGCUGUGGCUUCUGGAUUGGGUCAUAAGCGUAAGAGUCUCAACACUGGUGUGACUGAAGGCUACGUGGGUCCCGCCCAAGAGCAGACUUUCAAUGCCAGAGCAAAAGCGCCUUUCCAGGACCGCUUGGCUCCCGAGUGGCGAGAGGCAGAAGCUGAUGAGCGUCUGCCACCUAUCCGGCGUCCAACCUUUGCAAAUCGUGAGAUAGAUGCCUUGGCAGCAGAAAAAGGAAUCGACGCUGUCGGAUCUGCUCGCCGCUCCUUGAUCAAGGAACUCCGCCUCAAGGAUCAGGCACAGCGUGCUCCUCUUCCGAAACGGAAUCUCGCCCAAGACAAUCAUGCAACCAAAAAGCGUAAGACCAGCUCGACCGCGGUACCCGACGAUGCUACGACUGGCACCUCUACUGCAUCAGGCGGCUCCAACAACCCUCGCCUGCCGCUGAGAGGGCUCACUGAUUCCGAGAUUAAUGUGCAGGCCCCUAAACACACAGUACCUCGACAGCUGAUUGAUCCUGAACUCCUUGCGCCCUCUGCUACCGCAGUCCUCAGUACUCAACAAGCAUUGGACGAGAGCGUUCCGGAACGACGCAUUUCCGACAUGGCUCUCGAAGAUAUGGAGCAGCUCUCAGUUGACACCUCGAGCGUCAACAUAGUUCAGCAAUUCAUUACGCCUGCCGCUGCCGGACCCUCUGACUCUGAAAACGAUUCUAUAAAUCCCGAGGAGGCCCAGGCUUUGGAGCAUGAUCUAUUAAUGGCGUCCAUCGGCUCCUUGAUGACAGAAGAAGCCUUCAACACGCCGUGGGAGCUCGCAGGUGAUGCCUUUGUUGACCAUUUUGCCGCCAUCAACGAGUUCAGAAUCAUUGGCAAGUGGGAUCACAAUGAUGCUGAGGAGAUUGCAAAGCACGUUCCUACCGGAGGGAGCAGAAACGACCCGGUCGCUUUUCUACACCACUGCAACAAAGGGUGUGGCUAUGCUAGAUGGGAUCCCUACGUUGUUCAGAAGCAUCAAGCCACUUGCACCGGCCCCGAUGGUCAUGACGUCGAGCAAGACACAGUACACGAGGAACACCGCUGUUCAGAGGAAGGCUGCGGCAAAGUUUUCAAAAACCGAAAGGCUCUGCUCAAUCACAAGUACCAGACGCAUGAAUGGAAACCGCGCAAAUGUCAAUCAGGCUGUGAUCCAGACACAUCACCAGUGUAUCAAACCUAUUAUGAGUACUGCAAACAUCAAAGAACGGAGCACGACGGUCUGCCCCAACCUCAGCAAUGUCCACUCAUUCAAGAUUGUGGUUUGGAGUUGGUAUUCGAGCGGUGCAACCUACUAAGUAUUCAUUUGAAGUACAAACAUCAACUCAACGCACUCGAGGUACAACAAUACCUUCCGGAGCGCAAGGUCAAUGUAGGGUGGUCUAAAAAGCGUGAUGUCAAAAAGACGGAGCCACGUCAAUGUCCCAAGUCUGGCUGCAAGCUUGAGGCUCCUUUCACACAACUAUCCAGCCUCCGAGACCAUCUGAAGACUGCUCACGGAAUGCCAGACGAAGAGGCCGUUAUCCUGGCAGAGGAAACCCUCAACAAAAAAAUGCGAAAACGAAAACCACCUACAGCUGUCAAUUGCCCAGAAAUGGACUGCAAAUCGACGGCGUCGUUUACCCAGGUUGCCAAGUUACGUAAGCACUUUGCCAUGGUGCAUAAGCUUUCAUAG